AUGGCUUUUUUCUUUGCUAGAACCUGGAGAUUCUCUCUGGUUUUGCUCUUUCUAUUGGGAUUGUUCACAAUAAACCUUAUUCCCACAGCAGAUGCUCAAAUAGGCAUAUGCUAUGGCAUGAUGGGAAACAACCUACCACCAGCAAACGAAGUCAUAGCUCUCUACAAAGCAAACAACAUCAAAAGAAUGCGACUCUAUGAUCCCAACCAACCUGCUCUCAACGCACUACGAGAUUCAGGCAUUGAACUCAUCCUCGGCAUACCAAAUUCAGAUCUCCAAACCCUAGCCACAAACCAAGACAGCGCACGUCAAUGGGUACAAAGAAACGUUCUAAACUUCUACCCUAGUGUCAAAAUUAAGUACAUUGCAGUUGGUAACGAAGUGAGUCCAGUUGGAGGAUCAUCAUGGCUAGCUCAGUAUGUUCUACCUGCAACACAAAACGUAUACCAAGCCAUAAGAGCUCAAGGUCUUCAUGAUCAAAUCAAGGUUACAACAGCUAUAGACAUGACCCUUAUCGGAAACUCUUUCCCUCCAUCUAAAGGCUCUUUCAGAAGUGAUGUUAGGUCAUACCUAGAUCCUUUCAUUGGUUACUUGGUUUAUGCAGGAGCACCUUUACUUGUUAAUGUUUAUCCUUAUUUUAGCCAUGUCGGUAAUCCGCGCGAUAUAUCGCUACCAUAUGCACUUUUCAACUCUCCUGGUGUUAUGGUGCAAGAUGGACCAAAUGGUUAUCAAAACCUGUUUGAUGCUAUGUUGGAUUCUGUGCAUGCUGCCCUAGAUAACACUGGAAUUGGUUGGGUGAAUGUUGUUGUUUCUGAGAGUGGUUGGCCUUCAGAUGGAGGCUCUGCAACUUCUUAUGAUAAUGCGCGUAUUUAUCUCGAUAACUUGAUUCGUCACGUUGGGAAAGGUACUCCUAGAAGGCCUUGGGCUACUGAGGCUUAUAUUUUUGCUAUGUUUGAUGAGAAUCAAAAGAGUCCUGAAUUGGAAAAACAUUUUGGUGUGUUUUAUCCUAAUAAACAGAAGAAGUAUCCAUUUGGAUUUGGUGGAGAAAGAUGGGAUGGGGAAAUUGUUGAGGGUGACUUCAAUGGAACUGCUUCUCUUAAGAGUGAUAUGUAA